CUUUCCGUCUCUAAAAUCCCAGUUAGGGUUUAUUGCCCCCCUUCACUUAUUUCUUAGUUCGAAGUUCGAACAAGACAAACACCCAGACGUGUUCUUCAGCAGGAGCAACAAUGGCGGGUGGUUCUCGAGCUCAAGUCAAUAAGUCGCAUAAGACUCGUUUUGCUUCGAAAUCCUCUCGCAAUGUUCACAAAACAUCCGUCAAAGAUAAAAGCAAGAUCAACAAGCCUGAUCGCAAUGCCAUGAAGGGAGCUCGGGCUGCUCGAUUACAACGUAACAAAAUGAUGAGAGAGCAGAAGAGAGCUGCCCUUUUGAAAGAGAAAAGAACUACAAGUGCAACAACUAGUGCUCCUCGUGUUAUUGUUUUAUUUGGUCUAUCUGCUUCUACAAAUGUAAGCUCACUAGCAGGAGAUCUUUCUGCAUUAUUGUCAAAUGAGAAUAAUACAACUCAAUUUCCAGCAGUUGCAUCAUCCGAGUACAGGCUAAGAGCAACGGUUGUAGAAGCACCUCAUGGUGAUCUUAUGGCAUGCAUGGAAAUGGCCAAGGUUGCAGAUUUGAUUGUUUUUGUGGCUUCUGGUAACUGUUCAAGUGAAAAAGAUAGUUCCAAUUAUUACAUGGAUGAAUUCGGCUCUCAAUGUCUAUCUGUUUUUAGAGUUCUUGGUUUACCAAGUUCUGCUGUUUUCAUUAGAAAUUUACCUUCUGAUUUAAAAAAAAGAAAUGAUAUUAAGAAGACAUGCAUUUCUAGCCUUUCUUCUGAAUUCCCUGAAGAUUGCAAGUUUUACCCUGCAGACACAAAAGAUGACUUACACAAGUUCAUGAUGCUUUUUAAGGAGCAAAGGCUUGUGAUACCUCAUUGGCGUACCCAACGACCUUACAUCAUGGCUCAGAAGGUUGACAUGGUGGCUGAUGAGUUUGGAAAAAGUACACUUCUUAUUACUGGUUAUGUUCGUGCUCGUAAUCUCUCAGUGAAUCAGCUGGUUCAUGUAUCGGGUGCUGGUGAUUUUCAAUUGGGCAAGAUUGAAGUUCUCAAGGAUCCAUGUUCAUUGAAUUUGAAAAAAGAAGGUGAUUUUAUGGAUGCGGAUGAGAUAAAUGACUCACAGGUCAUCAAAACUUUAGUCCCAGAUCCUAUGAAGCAAGAGCCUUUACUUGUUGAAAAUAUACCUGAUCCUCUUGAAGGCGAACAGACAUGGCCAACAGAGGCAGAGAUGGCUGAUGCUGAUAGAGUACAGAAGGAAAAGAAGCAGAAAAAGAGGUCUCUUCCUCGGGGUACUUCUGAAUACCAGGCAGCUUGGAUUGUGGAUGAUUCUGAUGUAUCUGGUACAGAUAGUGAUGAUGAUUCAGAGAAUGGUAAUGGCAUGGUAGUUGAUGAAGGAGGAGAGUAUGACAUCCCUGGUCAAGGUGGUAGUAGGAAGUUUGACCUUGAUGAUGACCAAGCUUCACUCAAGCUUAGGGAUUCUGAUGAUGAAACCGAAGCUGAUUCCAUGAUGAUGGAUAAUGACAACUUGACAAAGGAGCAGAUAGAAGAAGAUAUUCGAAAAAUAAAAGAAGCACAUGCUGAAGAUGAAGAGUUCCCAGAUGAAGUUGAUGCUCCUGUAGAUAUUCCUGCAAGGAAACGAUUUGCUAAAUACAGAGGCCUAAAGUCAUUUAGGACUUCCACAUGGGACCCUAAAGAAUCUUUACCUCAAGAAUAUGCAAAAAUCUUUGCAUUUGAUAAUUUCAAUAGAACACAGAAGCAUGUUCUUAAAAAAGCUAUGGAUAUGGAACAAGGAAGUGUAGAUGAAUGUGUAGUUGCAAAUUCUUAUGUGACACUUCACAUCACACAAGUCCCCAUCCACAUUGCUUCAAAACUUUGCAUUUUGGGAAAGACUAUGCCAGUUGUCGCAUGUGGGCUCUUGCAACACGAAUCAAAGAUUUCUGUCCUUCACUUCAGGUUAAAGAAACACGAGACAUACAGUGAGCCCAUAAAAGCCAAAGAAGAACUAAUAUUUCAUGUUGGAUUCAGACAGUUUGUCACAAGGCCGACUUUUGCAACUGAUAGUUUCAAUUCAGAGAAACACAAGAUGGAAAGAUUUCUUCAUGCAGGACGCUUUUCUAUUGCUUCAGUAUAUGCUCCAAUCACUUUUCCUCCUCUUCCAUUAAUUGUUAUGAAGAGUAGAGGUGAUUUUUCCACACCUGUCCUUGCUGCUGUUGGCUCAUUAAAAAGUAUUGAUCCUGAUAAAAUCAUUCUCAAAAAGAUCAUUUUGACCGGAUAUCCUCAACGUGUUUCAAAGUCAAAAGCUGCAGUACGAUAUAUGUUCCAUAACCCUGAGGAUGUCAAAUGGUUCAAGCCCGUGGAAGUUUGGACAAAAUUGGGUCGCCGUGGACGCAUCAAAGAGCCCGUUGGUACACAUGGUGCGAUGAAAUGCAUAUUAAAUGGUGUGCUACAACAAAAUGACACGGUGUGCAUGAGUUUAUUCAAGCGAACAUACCCCAAAUGGCCCCAGCAUUGGUUCCCAAUGUCGGCUUGAGUUUGAUGUGUGAGUGUCAGAGUCACGUUCAUAAAGGUUCCUCCUCCUCUUCCUCUGUAAUGCAUUACAGAGAGAGGGGAGGGACAAGUGUGAGUGUUCCAACACAACCAUGGGAAUGAAGCUUUGGUUCAGAUUGUUUUCCUGCUAAGUGCUAAUCAUAGCGGGUGACAAAAAAAAGUUUUGCUUGUCUUGUAUAUAUAUACACUUUGUAUUCUCUUUAUUGUAUGCGGUUUCAAAACUAAGAUGAUAGUGUUUACGGAUUAUGAUUGAUUCUUGUAAGUUGGGUGUUUUUCAGGUUCAAAAUUGAUUGUAAUUGAAUGCUUAUAAUUUAUUUUCUUUAUGUUCUUUUA